UGCCUGCCCGCCUGACAUCAUCACCCUCAAGCUUCGCGCCCUUGCCGAAACGUUGUGCUCCUCGUUGAUGCGUGCGCCGAAGCACUGCCGUGGUGCUAGUGGAGGGACUGGCCCCGCCUACCCGCCCUAAGCUGGGUACAGUAUGAGCUAGCAUUCAAUGAAACCCGUGACGCUCGUUGGAAUCCAAGCACGAGGGUCGAUCGUCGGACUGACUUAUCUAUUGCAAUUCAUUGCUUUCUUUUCUCUUCUUUCCUCAUAACAUUCAUUUUCCUAGUUUAGAUGAGAAAACCUCAGUCGUGAAGGCGUCCAUAAUCCAGAUUUGGAUGCGCGAGAAAUACAUGGGGAAGCUCGUCUAGCUUUUGUCUGUAAAGUUGCACGUACGUCUGUCAUUCGAAACCUUACUUACUCAAACAAUGCCAAACGUAACAACUCCGCUUCUUGCGGACUCGGACCGAUCCGACAACGAUGCAGGCGUCAACCGCAACUCUCGUUCCGACCAGUCGCCGUCUAGCACCCAUGGCAGCUUCUGGCAGACGCGCCUCAGGGAGGUGAUUUUGUUCGUCUGGGCCUUUGUCGCCACUGCCGCCGUCAUUGUCCUUGCUGCUUGGUCUCAACACCGCGGCCAGACGGACGGUUCGCACUCUCCGGCCAAUGCGAAGCGCAACCUCAUCUUUAUGGUCUCGGAUGGCAUGGGCCCGGCCUCGCUGUCCUUGACGCGCAGCUUUCGUCAGCAUGUCAAUGGCCUUCCCAUUGACGAUGUUCUGACCCUUGACCGUCACUUUUGGGGAUCCAGCCGCACUCGCUCCAGCAACAGCCUCGUCACUGACUCGGCAGCCGGCGCUACUGCCUUUUCCUGUGGUCUCAAGAGCUACAACGGCGCAAUCUCGACAUUGCCCGACCACAGCCCAUGUGGCACAGUUCUCGAAGCUGCCAAGCGGGCGGGGUACACCACUGGAUUGGUUGUGACCACUGACAUCACCGACGCGACGCCUGCCUGCUUUGCUUCGCACGUCGACUACCGUUCACAGAACGAUGAGGUUGCCGCUCAGGAGGUUGGCGAGGGUCCAUUAGGCCGCGUCGUCGACUUGAUGUUUGGCGGUGGCCGCUGCCACUUUCUGCCCAAUACCACCGAGGGCAGCUGCCGUGCUGACGAUGUCGACAUCACCAAGAUCGCGCGCGAACAACAUGGCUGGAACUACAUCGACAGCCGUGGCGGGUUCGACGCGCUCAGGGAGGGCCACAACGUCGACCUCCCUACUCUCGGCCUCUUCGCCCCUACCGAUAUUCCUUUUGAGAUUGAUCGCCGGAACCAGUCCGAUAUCUAUCCCAGCCUGAGUGAAAUGGCCAAGACGGCGUUGCGCGCCCUGGAGAAGGCCACGGCCAACACGGACAAGGGUUUCUUCCUCAUGAUCGAGGGCAGCAGGAUUGAUCAUGCCGGGCAUAUCAACGACCCGGCCGCUCAGGUCCGCGAGGUGAUCGAGUACGACAACGCCUUCAAGGCUGUCCUUGACUUCCUGGAGCGCAGCGAAGAUGAUGGCCUCUUGGUAGCCACAAGCGACCACGAGACGGGUGGGCUCUCUGUUGCCCUGCAGGAGCCUGGCCAUUAUCCUGUCUACAACUGGUACCCAGAGGCUCUCAAGCGGGCCAGUGCCUCUUGCGAACGGCUGACGCAGAGGCUCGCCGCUCAUGUUUCCUCCAACCCCGAUACUACAGCCUCUGUCGAUGGUCGCAUCAAGCUGCGUAACUGGAUCAACGAGACGCUAGUCUACGAAGGUCUGGGUAUCACCAACGCCAACGACUUGGAGCUGAGUGCCUUGGUUGCGCAACCGGAGAAUGCAUUGGUCAUCUUUGCCGAGAUGAUCAGCCUCCGUGCUCACGUCGGCUGGUCAACCCACGGGCAUUCGGCUGUUGAUGUCAACGUCUACAGCUCGGGCGGUCCGGCUGCCGAGAAGAUCCGGGGCAAUGUGGAGAAUACUGAUAUUGGCAAGUUCCUGGCCGAUUAUCUUAACCUCGCCGAUGGCGUCCAGGCGAUCACCAAGGAGUUGAAUGCCCAAAGGUCAUCAAAGAGCAUCAAGGCGGUGCCUGAGAUGGUUGGUCAGGAGGAGCUCCUAGGAUACCAAGCAAAGGGCCUGCCUAAAAAUUGGGGUUCUUUGGAAGGAGCACAGCUUCACCUGUAGCUGUAGUCUGAUUUCGUCCAGCGGUCAUGGUUCCACUGGUCUUCUUUUACGGGCUUUGUUGUCGGAACACAACCGCACCACGGAACAGCACCUGGCGGCGAGAAGUUGACGGACGAUAUGAUUUGCCAAUCUCGUCUUGCUUUUUCAUGAAUACAUAUCGAAUAUCUUGGGCUAGUUUGCCCCACAUUAUGGCUACCAUCACAUCAACCAGGAACUUUGCAAAACACCAAUGUCAUUCUCUCGCGACCAUAUCUAUGUUCAGGUUAGAAAUGCCCAAUCUUCUGUCUUGCUACUUGGGAUAGAUGCAGGGGUUCGGAAGCAUACAUACACAAUAAGAUGGCUAUAGCAAAUAUAACGGCAAACGCUUGAGGAGUUUCUUGGCCAGAUCUUGGAAGAGGAUACAUAUUAUUCUAUACACACAUUAACAAGAUAUCAUAAACAGAUUCUUAGUGCUCUUGGUGGCUAUAUGGGACGAUCAGGUCACUGUUCCAAAACAAGAAGCUGUAUCAAGGAACACGACAAAGGUAAAAGUGUGAAAAAUCAGACUUGUCAGUCAGAAAAGUCACUCUCGUGCAGUUCGUCUUCGUCUUGUAUGUAGGUAAGGCUCAGCUCGCCAUUUACCCUUUCUUUGAUCAGAUCCUGAAGAGCGGUCUCCUGAGCCUUUGUGAAUUUGGUGCUCCCAAAACCGAUCUGACUGGCAAUGAUCAAGUUGAAAC